GUCAAGUCCAACAAAUGCCAAAUAUUGUAUUGUCAAAGCUCCAGAUAGCUGUACACAUUUUCCCGAUAAUAAAUUCGGUGAUUUCCAGUUGAAGUAUUUGUGUGAUUUCAAACUCUGUUCUUCAAAUUCUGAGAAAACCUUGAAAUGACUGCGUUUGAGGAAUUUGGCGUCCUCCCCGAACUCGGGAAGGCGAUUGAGGAGAUGGACUGGACACUGCCAACAGAUGUCCAAGCCGAAGCCGUACCUCUAAUCUUAGGUGGUGGAGAUGUGCUCAUGGCAGCUGAGACAGGUAGCGGCAAGACUGGAGCUUUCUGUUUACCAAUCCUACAAAUAGUCUGGGAGACCUUGAAAGAUAUACAAGAGGGGAAGACGAGUAAGAUAAUACAGACGAUCUCAACAGAAUUAACUAUGUCAUUUUUUGACCGCAAUGAUGCGCUUGCGGUGACACCAGACGGUCUAAGGUGCCAGUCACGAGACCCGAAAGGCUGGCAUGGGUGUAGGGCAACAAAAGGUGUGCAUAGCAAGGGUGCUUACUACUACGAGGCUACUGUCACAGACGAAGGUCUCUGUCGGGUGGGCUGGUCUACACAGGCUGCUAGGCUGGAUCUUGGUACUGACAGAAUGGGAUAUGGAUUUGGAGGCACAGGCAAGAAGUCAAAUAACAAAAACUUUAAUGAUUAUGGUGAACCUUUUGGAAUGCAUGAUGUUAUAGGAUGUCUACUUAAUCUAAACACUGGUGAAAUUAGCUACACUAAGAAUGGUGUGAACCUUGGAGUUGCAUUCAAUUUGGACCCAAACAGACGUGGAGAAUGCUACUUCCCAGCUGUUGUACUAAAGAAUGCCGAGAUGAGCUUUAAUUUUGGAAAGACACCAUUUAAGUAUCCACCACCUGCAGAGUAUGUUGCUAUUGCAUCAGCUCCCAAAGACUGUAUGAAAGUGAAUCCAGUGUCAUCCGACAGUGCUGUAGAAGCCACACCAGCCAACAAUGCACCCAGGUGUAUCAUAAUUGAGCCUUCCAGGGAAUUAGCAGAGCAAACAUGCAAUCAGAUUACUAAAUUCAAGAAGUACUUAGAGAAUCCAAAGAUUCGUGAGUUACUGGUUGUAGGGGGCAUAAAUGUUAAGGAUCAGAUCAAUGCACUAAAUGCUGGCAUAGACAUUGUUGUUGGAACGCCAGGACGACUGGAAGAUUUGAUUCAAGGAGGUUAUUUAGCACUGACCCACUGUCGAUUUUUUGUGCUGGAUGAGGCUGAUGGUCUGUUGAAGGCAGGCUACGGAGAACUGAUUGAGCGAUUACAUAGGCAAAUCCCUAAGAUUACGUCAGAUGGACGUCGACUGCAAAUGGUUGUCUGUUCAGCCACUCUUCACGCUUUCGAAGUUAAGAAGAUGGCGGAGAAACUAAUGCACUUCCCGACCUGGGUAGAUCUUAAAGGCGAGGACUCAGUGCCCGAGACAGUGCACCACGUGGUCGUGAAUGUGGAUCCACAGAAGGACCGCUCAUGGGAAACCCUACACAAACACGUGCAAACAGACGGCGUCCACUCAAAGGACAACAUCCGCAGUGGCAAUACAACUCCGGAGACGUUGUCGGAAGCGGUCAAGAUCCUCAAGGGAGAGUACUGCGUACGUGCCAUAAGGGAACAUAAGAUGGACAGAGCCAUAAUCUUCUGCCGCACCAAGUUAGACUGUGAUAACAUGGAAAGGUACCUAAAGUCAUACGGCAGCGAGUUCAGUUGUGUCUGCCUGCACGGAGACCGUAAGCCGGCUGAACGUAAGGGCAACUUGGAGAAGUUCAAGUCUAGCCAAGUCAAGUUCCUGAUCUGCACUGAUGUUGCUGCAAGGGGUAUUGAUAUAUCUGGACUGCCAUUCAUGAUCAACGUGACGCUGCCGGACGAAAAGUCGAACUACGUGCACCGCAUCGGUCGUGUCGGUCGUGCGGAACGUAUGGGCCUCGCUAUCAGUCUGGUAUCCACUGUCCCAGAGAAGGUGUGGUACCACGGUGAGUGGUGCUCGUCUCGUGGCCGAAACUGUUGGAACACGAACCUCACCGACGACCAUCCUAGAGGAUGCUGCAUGUGGUACAAUGAACCACAGUACUUGGCCGACAUCGAAGACCAUCUGACGAUCACCAUCCAGCAGAUUGCUACGGACAUGAAGGUGCCCGCUAACGAGUUUGACGGUAAAGUAGUCUAUGGACAGAAGCUGAAGCAAACUGGCUCUGGAUACCAGGAUCACGUGAGCCAAAUGGCGCCGGUCGUGAAAUCUCUGCAAGAACUUGAGUCUCAAGCUCAGCUAUACUAUCUGAAAUUGCAUCAUAACGUAACCAUCGGUUAAUAUCACUCACUAUUGUAUGUAUAUAAUUAUUACUUAUGCAUCUAUAGACUGCUUAUGUUAAUAUACUAUAUUGUCAUAUUUAUUUCUAAAGGAAAUGGUUGAGAACAUUUCAUGGCAAAUCUAAUUUAUUUCUAUUAAAACAAUUAAUAAAGCUAUAAUACUAUCGUUUUUACCAGUGAAAUAAAUAAUUAAAACACAAUUUAAAGUUCAUUUUUUUAUAUUUCACCCAAUUCUCGAUCACUACUGAUUAAAAUUAGGGCAGUGUGGCGGCCCGCAUUUAUUUAAAAUAAAUAAUUAAGUCUCAUAACACCGCUACUUAGGAAAAUAGCCGUUAACAAUACUGUCAUAAUAAUCAUAGUUCCAAUCCUCUGCAAUCCCAUCGCUUCAUAUUUCACAAGGAAUAUAAAAUGUGUCCUAUAAAAGUAUUCGGAAAAGUAACGAAUGGUUUUAUAAAAAUAUAUCUUAUGUAUUCAAAACUUUAUUCGGUCACUAUUGGCAUUCACGUAAUUAUAUACAUCAUUGUGUAAUAUGAAGAGAAUAAAAUUUAACAUGAAAUUUAAAUUGACGUCCACUGCACAACUGCUACUUAGGUAUUAAAAUUUACGUAUAAAGCACAUUUUGAAACAUAACAUCCUAAUGCACUCAACUAGACAGCAGUUACAAAAGCAGUGGAGAAUGUCUAACAAUAAGUUCAUUUACAUCAUUUAUUCAUUAUUUAUAAAUAAUAGCUUAUCUAUCUAAGAAUUAUAUUAAUUAUUCAUCAACAAUAUAAGCGCUAAAUAAAAACACGGCCCAUCGGGCGUGGUGCACAACUAAUGAUUGCUGCACUGGAUAUUUUGUUUUUAUUUGAUUAUUUCAAACUCACUUAACGUCUACAAAAAGGGUAGGUAAAGAAUAGGGCCACGAGGACACAAGUUCGUCAUUUUCUUUGGUUUACCUGACUGGUUACCUCAUUAUUCACCUUAGCUGACAAUAAUUUUUGUCAGUCUUCCUUUCCCCUUGUGUCUGAAAUAUUUCUUUUAUUUUCAUAGAACUACAAUUACAGUAAUUUUUAGUACGGCCCAAUUUAAAAUUAAAUAAUAUCAAUCCAUUUCAAUCAGCAGAUUUUUUUCUAUAGUCUUCAAAUAUCUACAAGGCAGACAAAAAUACAUAACAAUAAUAUCAACACUACAGCCAUCAUCAUUGAUAUGCUUUAGCGAAGAUGAUGAUAGCGUUUUGUAUAUCACAGUUAUGUUGCUGCAACAUGUAAACAGAUGAGUCUGUAGAGCAAACUGAUAAAAUAGCGACAUCAAACAUUUAGAUUAAAACAAAAUGCACUAAAAUAAUAAUAUUCAAGUCAAUGAUUUAUUUAUUCUAGUUCCUAGUAUUAGAAAAAUAAGUUAUAUACCUAAGGAGGUUUGCAAUGAACGAUUUUUACAUAAGCAUCACUAGUCAACAUUAGAUAAUGAAACAUAAAAAUUAUAAGAAAUAGCAGCGACAUACACAACAAUAAAGAGUAGGUUAGUUAGAAAAUGACUCAGUAACAGUUGAGGGAGUAGGAACUACGAAGAAACACUAAUGUAUAGCGCAGUAAUGUGGCUGGACUCGGGGAAGGCUUUCGAUUGCACCACUACACUCACUCUUUCACUUUGUGAUCUUUUAUUUGGCAUCAAUGCGGCAAGCGUAUCGUAUAGUACUGACUACGUUCACGAUCCAGCUACAUUAACCUAUGUCAAGUAGAAAAAAUGAAGUGCACGAUCGGUACAAUAACAUUAUUCUUAUAAGGGUCGCCAGCCUUAACAUUCAUUUGCUACACAUUAAUUUUGAUAAUCUUAUAAAUUAACACAUCGAAUUUUGAAAUCCGAAAAGCAGAAAUCAAUAAACAAAGCUGAGAUUUUACAAACUUAAGGGCCGGCUAACCCUGUCUAUUUUAGGUAUUAUCAUUAACAAUAAUAAAUUUAUAUAUUACUCUUUUGGUGAUCACUGCUACCCACCAGCUGCAUAACUUACAAUCAAAACUACGAUACAUAUAAAAAAUUUCUUAGUAUUACAAAUUCCCUUCUGUUUUGACAUGUAUUGUAUCAAACUCGCGUCCCCGACAGGUCAGUCGAUAAGGCGCUUGUACCGAGGUCGGGCACAUGUUCCCCUGCUUCAACACUCCCGUAUUUGUUUACUUACUAUCGAGGAUACAUUCUCUAUCACACAUACGCUUAUAAUUACCUACACAAGUCUCGCAGACAUUACACUUCAAGAAACUGUAUGUUUUUUUAAUUAGGUACUUCAUAUUAAAAUAU